GGAAGCAGUUUGCCCCAUUAAUAUUGAUUUUUUGCCUGUAGCUAAUAAUUAUAUUUUGUUGUAUUAUGCUAAAACAACAAAUGGUAUUAAGGGAAAACAUGGAAUGAUAAUUAAUUACAGCGGUGAGAUUAUGAGGUAAGCUUAAAUGAUGGAACAUCUUCAUUUAUGAAGGUUAAUUAUAAUGACUCAAUAAUAAUUCUUCUUUUUAGCGAAAUAUAUUUAGGAAAUGCUGACGGAUAUGUUGCAUUAUCAAAUGAAGGGUUUAUUAAUAUUGAAAAGCCAGACGAAAAAGGAAUAUCAGCAUGGCAUUGGUAUAGCUCUCCAAAUAUUGAAACAGGAGAAGUGGUGGAACAUAAUAGUGGCGAAUUUCAUGUACCAAAUCUACCAUCGUAUACCUUAGUAGAUAGUUUAAAUUUUAAUUUAUUGGAUGGAGGUUUUGGUUUCCUGUAUAUUUUAAAAUAUGAUGAAACGAAAGGAUCACCAGUAACAAAAGAUCCAAAUCUUCAAUACUGGAGAAUUUACGUGUCAUUUCUAAAAGUGAAAACAGAUUUACCUACAAAACCCUCUCUACUUUACGAAACUACUCAGAAAUUAAAUAAUAUAACACUUAAAUCAUGUACUCUGACUUAUUAUCAUGCUGAAGGAUAUAUAUGUGUUAUGACAUUAAAUAACACGAUUACGAAUAAUAAUAAUUCAUAAACCGAGAUAAAUUAUUAUCAGUUGGGAUUUUUAUCAACUGGGGCCCUAAUACGAUUGGAGAUAAUUCCUACUCUAACAAAUAUUCCAAACUUU